AUUUAUAUCCAAUCAAUUUAUAGAGAAUCUCCUACUAAAGUGUGUUGGAAAGUAAUAGAUGAUUGUACUAUUGUUGGUGGAGAUGAAAAAAGUUAUACAUUCGACCAGGUAUACUGUGAUGUAGAUGCAACAAAAAAUGUUUUUGAUAAAUCUGCAAAAGAUGUCGUAGAAUCUGCAAUGGCUGGGUAUAACGGAACCAUAUUUGCUUAUGGACAAACUUCUUCGGGUAAAACAUACACAAUUUUUGGCAGUGAUGAUUCAGAAGGAAUAGUUCAGAUGACUUUGAACACAAUUUUUGCAAAAAUUUUACAGGGCAGUGGCAAAAGAUAUAUGUUGCGGUUGUCAUGCAUCGAAAUUUAUAAUGAAAAAGUACGUGAUUUGUUGUCUGAUACUGCCGUUGAUCUGCCGAUAAAAGAGUUCAAAGAAAAGGUUGUAAUUGAUGGUUUACGAGAAGAAGUUAUUGUUGACAGAGAAGGAGUUGAAAUGCUAAUUCAACGAGCAUUUGCAAAUCGUGUGGUUGGAGAAACAGCAUUCAAUGAACGUUCAUCAAGAUCACAUGUGAUUCUUCGCUUUGUUAUUGAGUGUUACGAUGAUUAUGUUAGUGCGGAAACAUCCUCAUAUAUUUCUUUUUUGAAUGUAGUGGAUUUGGCUGGUAGCGAAAGUGCUAAAAACUUUGGUGGCGAUGGUGAUCGUUUGAAAGAAAGUGGCAAAAUAAACACCAGUCUUUUGGCAUUACAGAAAGUUAUCAACCAAUUGAGUGAAAAAGGACAAUGCCAUGUGAAUUUUCGCGACUCAAAGCUGACACGGCUGCUAAAAAGUUCUUUGGGUGGUAAUGCUCGAACCUUGAUAAUAUGCACUAUUUCUCCUACUGAAAUUGGACAAACAUUACAAACGCUAAGGUUUGCUGUUCGCGCGAAAACAAUAAAAAAUAAACCAAAGAAAAAUUUGACUGCUGAAGGAAUGCUAACUCGAUAUAUUCAGACUAUUGAGCGCCUGAAGGCUGAAUUAGAGGAAAACCGAAAGAAUGGAUCAGUAGAACUCGAGCUAAUAAAUAAAAAUAUCGAAUUAAGCAAAGAAGUUGAUCUCUUGAAAAAAUGUAUUCUUUCGAGUCAAAUGCUUACGCAAACUACGCAAGAGUGUAUGAAUAAACGCGCUCGUAGACAAACGUGGGGUGGUAACUGGAUGCAAUCAAAUACAGAUCUUUUGACAAGCGAAACUUUGGAAUCAAAAAUCUUUUUGGGAAAAGUAAAUCCAUUAAUAUUUUAUUUUUCUGUGAAAGGAGUCGAAAGAAAAAAAAUUAGUCCUAUUGGUGAAGAACUGUCCGAACUGCCAGAAGUUGAGAACGAUUUCAAUGCAUCAGUUGUUGCUUUUACAACCUUGAAUGUGAGUUUAAAUACUUUUGUGGAUUAUUUUUAUUUCGGUUAUUUUGCACCAGUUAUGACAUAUUUUAGAGGUAAUGAUAUUUUUAGCAGUAACGAUGAUCUGCAUAAAGAUUACUUUCAGUUAAAUGAUAAUGAUGAAAUAGAGGCAGAUUUUCAAGUUUCAAAUCGAGGUAGUAAUGAGUUAAGCAGAGCGAGUUCUACAAUGAUCAAAGCAGUGGUCACGGAAGAUGAGAUCCCGUCACCAGAAGCUCACAAUGUCACCAGUGAAAAACUGUCAGUCGAAAACAUAGAAGGACAUCGAAAAUCUCUAGAUUCUAAUAACGAAGACCAUGAAAAUAGUCAGUCUGAGACUAUAAAUGAACUUACGAAGAAGGUGACUUCUUUGACGAACGAAAAUGCGCACUUAAAAACAGCUAAUGAAAAUUUGAAAGAAGAAUUACGUAGCAGGAAAAGAGACAUAGUUUGGCUAGAAAAACAUUGCGAUGAUGCAGAUCGUGUUGAAACAGAACUUAAAGAGCAAAUAUACGAACUUCAAAAGAAUCGAAGCGAAAAUGUGGAAUCACUGAUCGAAAAUCUCAAAAACAAGGUUACGGAAAUGAAAACUUCAAUGUUGGCAACCUUCGAGAACAAAAAGAAACAGUACGGUAAGAAUCUCUAUCGGCUGGAAAAUGAACUCCAGAAGAAAGAGAAAGAAAUAUGUGAGUUAAGAUCAAGCAUUAUUUCGAAAGAUCGAAAAAUUGGCGAACUGGUCGUGGAAUUACGUCGUUUAACAAGUGAUAAAAAAAAUAGUGUUAGAAAAGCGCGAUUUGAAGCUCCAAUAUCAGGACAAAAUAGUAAUGAAAGUACGGAAACAAGUUUCUCAAAUCGUUACAUGGUAAAAAUCGAUCCUUCAAAACCGACACCAGUUAAAGGCUAUCCAGAUUGUCGUACUCAGUGAGU